CCCGGAUGUGUUCUUGCUUUCGAGGAUGCAUCGAGUGCAGACUUGCGCGCUGAAGUCGCUUACACCUCAUUGCGGCAAACAUAUGCCCGAGGCUCUUGUUCUUCUAUACUCUUUGUUAUUAUGAAGCGAUUGAGAAUUUGCGAGAGGGUUGAUCCACCGAUGUUUAAUUUGUGAAUACGGUCUUGCAGCAGAAUAUGUUGGAUUGGUGAAUAAACUUCAACAUGAUACAUUGUCGUCGUUUUUACCCUAAACACCCAAGUUAGCUGAUCAUGAAGACGACCAUUUUACUCUUCAUCAUCUCUUUAUUUAUCAACGGUGUUGUUACAGAUGAGUCAGUGUCAGUGUAUGAGGGAGAUUCUGUUACUCUACACAAUGAUCUUACUGAUCCACAGACAGAUGAUCUGAUAGACUGGAGGUUUGGAGAUCAACAGGAUCUUAUAGCUAAAAUCAACAGAGCAGACAAUAAUUCACUCAGAAUAUAUGAUGAUGUUCUUGAUGGGAGAUUCAGAGACAGACUGCAGGUGAAUGAUCAGACUGGAGAUCUCACCAUCACAAACAUCACAACUCAACACACUGGAGAUUAUCAACUAUACAUCAGCGGAGAGACGAUCACAAGAAAGACCUUUAACAUUAAUGUGUCUGGGGAUAAGGUGAAGACAGUGAUGGUGGGAGAUUCUGUCAUUAUAGUCAAAAAUGUUAUCAAGAAACCAGGCGAUGAGAAGAUGGUGUGGAGGAUUCAACACAACAACUCUCCUGUUGCUAAAAUGACUGGAACAGAAUUAACUUAUGAUGUCCUUGAUGUGAGAUUCAGAGACAGACUUCAGGUGGAUGAUCAGACUGGAGAUCUCAUCAUCACAAACAUCACGCCUGAUGACUCUGGAUCUUAUGAAGUAUAUAUGACUGUCGGCAGACACAUAUAUACUAUACACAGAUCAUUCAAUGUCAAUGUCAAAGAGCAGAGAGGUCGGUCUACAGGUGAUGUAGCAGGAAUAUCUCUUAUCAGCCUGCUUAUUACUACUGCUGCUGCUGCUGUUGUUGUUGCUGGUGUGUUUUACUAUCACAAGAUCAGUAAAACAAUAAAAAUAUUGGAUGAAAAGAUUAAAGUGGAGAAAGGUCAUAAUGCUGUUCUACAGGCUGGUCAGAAAGAACUAAAGGAAGGUGAUGAGAUUGAAUGGAGAUUUGGACAAGAUACAGAGAUGAAAUAUCCUCUGAUAAUGUGGCCAUGGAGAUCUCCAGGUACUCUCAUAGCUAAACGUGAUAAAGAAGGCUUCAACACUUAUAAUGGUCCUGUUGAGAGAUUCAAGUACAAACUGAGUCUGGAUCGUGAGACUGGAGAUCUCCUCAUCAAUGAUGUCAGUAAUAAACACUUUGGAGUUUAUCAACUAAAAUUCACCAGUGGUGGAAAAACCUCAUACAAGAGAUUCAAAGUGUUUGUCACAGGUACCACAAAACUGACGGUGUAUGAGGGAGAAUCUGUUCAUCUGGAGACUAAAGUUACUGACAUACAGAGAGAUGAUGUGAUAAAGUGGACAUAUCGAUCUGAAGACUGUGUCAUAGCUGAAAUCAAUCCUGCCAACAAUAUCUUCAGUACAUAUGAUGGUGAUGAUGGUGAAUUCAGAGACAGACUGCACCUGGAUCCAAAAACUGGAGAUCUCCUCAUCGAUGACAUCACAUGGGAACACCGUGGGGAGUAUACACUGAAUAUCAUCAGAGAUGGAGAAACCUACUACAGAAGACUCCUUUUGCCUGUCAAACGGAAUACAGUGUUUGUGGAUAAGGGAUACUCUGUUGAUCUGAAGACUGAAGUUACUGACAUAAAGACAGAUGAUGUGAUAGAGUGGAGAUUUGAAGAAACUCUCAUAGCUAAAAUCAAUCCUGUCAACAAUAUCUUCAGUACAUAUGAUGGUGAUGAUGAUCUAUUCAAAGAUAAACUGAAUCUGAAUCAUAAGACUGGAGAUCUCAACAUCAAUGACAUCAGAGAGAAACAUGAUGGAGAUUAUAGACUGAAGAUCACCAGAGGAGGAAAAACAUCAUACAAGAGAUUCACUGUGUCUCUUGGAGUUUCAAUGCUGGAAGUGGAUGAGGGGAAAUCUAUUAAUCUGAAGACUAAAGUUACUGACAUACAGAGAGAUGAUCUGAUAGAGUGGAGAUUUAAAGGAACUCUCAUAGCUGAAAUCAAUCCUGCAAACAAUAUCUUCAAUACAUCUAAUGAUGAUGAUGAUCUAUUCAGAGAUAAACUGAAGCUGAAUCAUCAGACUGGAGAUCUCACCAUCAAAGACAUCAGUGAGGAACAUAAAGGAGAUUAUAGACUGAAGAUCAUCAGAGGAGGAAAAACCUUAGAAAGGAUUAUAUAUGUCUCUCUCAGAUUUACAGGUGAAGGAGAAGUAAAACUGUACACAACAGAGGGAGUAUCUGUCUCUCUGGACACUUAUCUUAAUGACAUAAAGAGAGUUGAGAAGAUUGAGUGGAGAUUUAAUGAAACUCGUAUAGCUGAAAUCAAUCCUGCCAACAAUAUCUUCAGUACAUAUGAUGAUGAUUAUGAUCUAUUCAGAGAUAAACUGAAGCUGAAUCAUCGCACUGGAGAUCUCAUCAUCAAAAACUUUAGAGAGAAACAUGAAGGAGUUUACAAAGUGAAGAUCAUUAGAGACGGAGAAACCUCAUAUGAGAGAACAAUGGUGUCUCUCUGUGAUGAAAGAGGAGAAAAACUGUACGCAAAAGAGGGCGAAUCUCUCGAUCUGAACGCUUAUAUUUAUGACAUAAAGAGAGUUGAUCUGAUCGAGUGGAGAUUUGGAGAAACUCUCAUAGCUGAUAUCAAUCCUGCCAACAAUAUCUUCAUUACAUAUGAUGGUGACGAUGAUCUAUUCAGAGAUAAACUGAAGCUGAAUCAUCAGACUGGAGAUCUCAAAAUCAAUGACUUCAGACAGAAACAUGGAGUUUAUGAAGUGAAGAUCAUCAGAGAUGGAAAAACCUCAUACAAGAGAUUCAGAGUGUCUAUCUACAAUUUUAAGGCAGAAGAUUCAGUGAGGAAGAGAGGAGGACAUUCAGUGAGGAUAGAGAUGCAGCCGCUGUUACACAAUUAGCAAUUGGUGGUGUAAGUGUAACACAACAUUACAAACACAUCAGCAUCACAUCUCUUAUAAAAUCACCCUUGUGUCAAUAAGUUAAAACAAUCCACCUGUGUGUGCUGAUCAACCAUUUCUGAAUAUAGAAACCGUUUCAAUAAAUAUUUAUAAAAGAAUAUUAUAUUCAUUAAAAAUGAAAGUUGGAAAACAUUUGAUUGGUCUACAGAUAAACUCUCAUCUUUAUUUUGAACAUUAAUAUCAGAUUUCAUAUCUGUUUCUAGAUGCAGAUAUUGUGUACUGCCUGUAAUAUUUGUUGUUUCAUAAAGCUAGUACAGUGUUAUAAAACAAAUAUCUCAUGUAUAUCUAACAUUUGCACUACAGCAGUAUUUCACUGAGUGAUGUUUGUCUUUUUGUUGAUAUUAUUUGACAUCUAAACUCUCUGAUAGGGCCGUGUUGAAAAAUAGUUUCACCAAUUCUGAAUCGAUUUUCAUAUUGAUUUCUAAAGAUCGCUCCGUAACUCAGAGGAUCGAUUUAAUAAUUAAUAACUUAAACUUGCUGCAUCAUUGAAUUCACGCAUGCACGCGAGGUGGAAGGACAUUAAAACAACAAACAUGGCGUUCAGUAAUGUUAAGCAAGCAAGCGGUUGUUUUGAAAACUGUAAUUCAGGUAACAGCUGGGAAAAAUGCUUUUUUCAAAAACACUUAUCUUAAUCGCGAAGAUCGAAUCGAAUAAUGAUAAUCGAUUCAAGAUCUUGAGUAUCGGAGUCGAAUCGAUUCUUCAAAUUUGAAUCGAAACCCAGCCCUACUCUCUGUCCCUGUAUCCAAGUAUUCAUACUAUCACUAAUGCACAGUGUGCAAACAAUCAGUGUUUAAAUGUAAAUCUGUAGAUGAAACAGUGUGUUAUUGUUACACUGAUGAUCUGCUGAUCUUCACUUCUAGUUAGUGUCUAACCAGUGAUCAGUUUUCUAUCCCAUAAUGCCACAGAUGUCGAGGAGUAAUCAGAUUCAUGAAGUAAAACAAACAUAAAUACAUAUAGACGGUUUCAGCAGUAACAACAUAAACAAGUGGCUUCCGGUAAACUCCGCUAAGAAUAAAUAACAACAAAGUAUUUUAAACGUAGUUUAUUUAUAUAACAAGCAAAAUAAACGACACAUAGAUUACUCAGGAAACCAAACCAUUUGUUAUUUUCAACAAGGUAUUUGUUCAAGAGUUUAGUUUAACAACUAGUCAGACCUUUAAAAAACUGAAACCGGAAGUAAAGUUCGGACCAGACGAGUAUAGAGUCACCGCACAUGCGUCUGAUGAAAAGGUCUAGUGUUGUGUUGUGUUCCUGUAGUUUAAUUGAUAGCGUGUGACGCUAGCAGCAGCUUUAGGUUUAAUUUAUCUCUUAUACGUUUAUUAAUAUUAGCAGAUAUACCAAAGAAUAAAUGCAAUACAGGUAACAACACAUUAUUCAUGUGGUUACAUUUUCAGGAAUAUAUUUAUACUAAACGCCUGUGUACAUGAAGCAUGAUCUUUAUUAAGAAGUAAAUACUGAACACUCAGUAAAGUUUACAGAUUCAGCUCAUGUAGCUCUAAAAAGAGAAAGUGUUUGUGUUGAAGAAGAAAAUCAGACUUAGAUUUAGUUUUACAUUGACUGAUAGAUUCUGUGUGAGAGUUGAUUUCUUUAUUUAGUUUUUUAUCAAGUUUAUAUUAUUAUAGUCUUUUUAAAGCUUUGCCAAAUGUUUAUAUUUUAUACUCUGUGCCUUGUGUUUUUAUUAUUGCCAGAAUUUAUAUUUAACUACUAAGAUGCAUUUUGUUAUUGUAUAUUAAUAUUGUUUGUGUCAUAGAGAGACUUGUACAGUAUAGUACAUUAUACAAUAUGUUGAGUUUUUUCUUUGAUUAUUAGUGUUAGACUGAAUGAUGCAUCGAUUUAUAGCACUUAAUUCAAAGCUCAUAAUGUACUUAACCAAAUGUCUCUUGUCCUUCACUUUAAUCUUUUUUAUUUUGUCUUUCUAUGAACAUUAUGGGGUGGUUUCCCAGACAGGGAUUAGCUUAAACCAGGACUAGACCUGAUUUUCAUUGGGAAAUAUAACUAGUUUUAACAAACAUGCCUUAUUAAAAACAUUACUUGUGUGCAUUUUGAGGCAAAACAAAGGACACUGGUGUAUUUUAAGGUACGUCAGUGCAAGUUGUUUUGAGUUUGGACAGCUCUUACAUUUAUUUUAGUCUAGGACUAGUCUAAUCCCUGUCCGGGAAACCACCCCUAUGUGUAUUGUUACAUCUUUAAUAUGACAAAUCACUUCUUUUAUAAUCCUCAUUUGCACUUUAAUAAAUAAAAUCAUUUGGUAAAAC